CACUUUAUUAAUCUGAUCGUUUGGUAUGUAAUACUGUACCUUUCCGUCCUCCCCUCUCACUACCUAACCUAAAUGCACACUUCGUCCCGCUCUUACUACCCACUACCCUUACCACUAUCCUUAUGUACCUGUGCGUUCCUCCGUUUGCACACUAAUUCCCGACCCAUCUCCAAAGUCGCCACCAUCUUUUCAUCUCUUCAAUCCAUUGGCGGAACAAACCUACAACAAACCUACUCCCUCUUCUUCUUUUUAACCCUCAGCUAGUUGCUAAACCUUAACUUUGCUGAUAAAUUCUCCCCACUAGUCCGCCGGUCAAGAUGGCUUCGUCAUCGGCAGCUACUCCGGACACCUUAAUUACUCUUAAGAUCAACUUUGAUGGCGCGACCCGUCGUUUCAAGCUACCUCUUCGCGAUCUAGGUCCCGGUAUGCUUGAGGAUAAGCUCCGUUCUUUCCUACAGAUUCCUUCCGGUGCCACCGCCACAUUUGAACGGUAUUCCGACUCGGCUGCAUCCUUCAUCGUCUUGCAUGCGACAAAUUUUCCUGCUUACAAGCAACUUUACCGAGCUGCUAAGGCCAAGCAAAAGUUAAAGCUGCGAGUAACUACCCAGGCCAGACAAGAGCCCGAGCCUGAGCGUCAACCAGAACCCGAACCCGAACCCAAGUCUGUUCCUGUACCCGUACCUGCUCCUGAGCCAGAACUACACAAGGCUCCCAAGGCUCCUAAGCCUGUAACUAUCGAGGAUGAGCCCGAGCCCGAGACCGAGCCCAAGCUCGAGCCUGAGACUGAGUCCCGAGAAAUUCCGGAGCCCGCUGCUCGUAUCUUAUCACCUCUGCUAGAGUCCUCGGUCCCAGCUGACUCUAAGGCCUCUACUAGAAUAUUGGAUACCGUUCCGGUUUCCGAAAUUCAUUCGAAUCUACCGAAUUUCGUUAAGUUAUGGCAGACCCAUGGCAGACCUAGAAUCCACCUAAAGCGAGAUGCUGAGGGCAAGGAGGUAGUUGACCUACUGAGCUCCACUUCUUCAACUUCGGUCGAGCCUGUGUUAUCGCUGGACUCGAGCGAAGAAAACGUACCAAGAUGUCCUUUCUCUCGAGCUGCAUCGAAGAUUCCUCACGGUACCGACGUAACCUGGGAAUGCCACCAGAAAGAGGCCACUAUCCCCAAGGCUGCGGAAGCCGCGGAAGUUUUAUUCCCAACAGAUGCCAUGGCCAUCUCUACGUUGGACGAGGAAAUGAAGAAAAGCGAUGACCUUUUUUUCACUGGUAUCCCUACGCGUCAAUUCACUGUCUGCUGCAACAGCUGUGACCGGGCUGUUCCUGAUGCCCAUUUCCACUGCUCCACGUGCGAUGAAGGCGACUUCGAUCUCUGCCAGGACUGUGUCAACCAGGGCAUUACCUGCCAUAACGAGACCCAUUGGCUUAUUAAGCGUUAUAUCAAGGAUGGCCAGGUCAAUUACAGCACCACCCACAUUGCCCCCAAGACCUCCCGUUCCCAAGCAAGCAAACCUACUACCAAUCUUCCUAUUAGACCCGCUGAGAAUGUGAACUGGGUACCUCCACCGGGAGUUUGGGACACUACUUACAACGACCGUACCUGCAACUGCUGUGUUCAGGAUUUCCCCGGAGAGAAUUUCGUACACUGCACCGCGUGCGAUGAUUACGAUCUUUGCAAGAGCUGUUUUGCUAAGGGCAAGCAUGGCCACCACCCUGCGCAUGGAUUCGCACCUGCUGUGAAGGGUACGGUCUUUGACCAUGAUGUUACUUCGCUGUUGUCCCCCGGCCGAAACGCCGCCCAUAAUGCUAUCUGCGAUGGCUGCGACAAGUAUGUCCGAGGCGUCCGACACAAGUGUCUGGAUUGCCCUGACUGGGACUACUGCUCGGAAUGUGUCAAAAAUGCCGAGCUCAUUCAUCCUAAUCACCGUUUUGUAGCUAUCUAUGAGCCGUUGACUGACCGUACAAUUCGCCCCCUGGCGCGUGGUACGCACCAUGGCAUCUGCUGUGAUGGCCCUCUCUGCUCUGUUUCCCGUGCCCGUUCAAAGUACAUUGUUGGCGUGCGGUACAAGUGUGCAGUCUGCCACGAUACCGAUUUCUGUGCCAACUGCGAGGCCAGCCCUGCUAACACGCACAACAAGACACACCCCUUGAUCAAGUUUAAGACUCCGGUACGUCACGUCAGUGUCACUACUACAGGUGAGCACGAGGAUGGCCAGCGUCUUCCUACCAUGGGAGACCGUGUCCGGCCUGUUCUCGUCAAUGCCGCGACCGCAGCUCUCCCAGUGCACAAUAGCAUCGCUGCCACACCAGUGCAGACUGUAGUCGACGUACAACCUACGGAACAGCAAUUGCCCAAGGCGGAGGAGAUGGAAGAAGUCAAGACGAAGACCGAAGUAGCACAGCCCGAAGGAAUCCCCUCAGUUGAGAAGAAGCCAGCCUCAGGCGAGCUCAUCGCUGUCUUCCUUCGAGACACAAUUACCGAUGGAACCGUUUUACCACCCAACCAUACCUUUGAACAGACAUGGGUUGUUCGAAAUGAAGGUACUGUUCCAUGGCCAGCAGGCUGCUCUGUCAAGUUUGUUGGCGGUGAUUACAUGGGUGCCGUUGACCCCACUCACCCUGCUGGUAUUCAUGAACUGGUCUCAGCCUCGGAGUCAACCAUCUGCUACAACGCCCUCAAGCCGGGCCAAGAAUUCCCUUUCACCGUAUUGAUGCGUACUCCUGACUGGGAAGGUAAGGUAAUUUCGUACUGGCGAUUGACGACCCCAGACGGCAACAAAUUUGGCCACAAGCUGUGGUGCGACGUGAACGUUCAGGCACCCCGCCCUAAGGUUGCCCCGGUAGAACCGAAGCGUGAGGUUACCAAGAGUCCAGCGCCUACCCCUAAGUUGGCUGAGAGCCAGAUGAUUAUCCCCAAGCUGGAGCACGAGUCGCCAGCUGCUAGCAUGCAUGAGAAGAAGGGUGGAUCGGAGAGUGGAUUAGAGGGGCAGAUGGCUACCCUUGCACUGUCAGUACAUGAUUCGCAGGACUCACAGGGUGAUGACUUCGAAGAGUGCGGCGAGGACGAUGAAUGGGCCGAAUCUGAGGAUGGAUUUAUGACAGAUGAAGAGUACGAUAUCCUUGAUGCAUCAGACGAAGAGUAUCUGUCAGACCAGUACGAGCCGGUGUCUACGCAGUAAAAUAAUAACCGGGUGCGCUGGCUAGUAAUUCUAGACAGCAAUACACACCAGAUAGUAUCUGGUGGUUCAAGGGGGGGUUCUAUGGGAGGAUAGGGACUCUGUUGCAGUUACGGGCAGUUGCAGUGUGAUAUUCGGUUUCUCCAGUUUUCUCUACCGGUGUUGAUUGUUUCGGAAGUUUUCUAUUACGCGAUGGCUUUUUUUCUUCCCGGCUAAGGUUCUCCGUAGCCUCUACACAUCUCAACUACAGUCCACUCAUUAUGUGAUAAGAACCAGAAUGGCACGCGCAGGGGCUGUAGGGAUAGUUUCCAGUAACUAGCUGAAUUUACUCGUCGUUGUUUUAUUUUCCUAAGCCAUAGGGGGUUGUGAAGUAGUGUCUUGUUGCUAUGUCAGCCGACGUUGUUUUUUUUUGAGCACAUCUGUAUAAUUAUAUUUCCUUGCUCUCAACGGUUAAUAGGUAUGUGCGUCUCGUGCUUAUGAAACGAAAAAAAAAAAGAAAAAAAAACAUAGAUAACUCUAGGUGCUUGAGGUAUAAUAGGUAUGAUGUUUAAGAGUAGUGCUAUGAAGUAGUGUAAUGAUCUCGGAUGGGAGGGGGUGUAAUACGUUUGUAAUAGCAUCAAAUAAUAAUAGAGUAUUACCCAAAGUCAACCCGUAGCG